AUUCCUUUUCCAUUUCCUUCUCUUAAUUCAAAAUCUCGUAUCUUCAAUCUCAGAUUCUUUCUAAGAUUCACCCAAUCUUUUAAUUUUUCUCUUUUCUACAGUUUAAUCUAUCUUAGAUUUUGCGAGUUAUGGCGUUGCCAAAGGGAGAAUUUGAGAUUAGUCUCAGUCGCGGUAAGCUUCACGGCGAUGAAGAAGAAGGUGUAAGACUAGGGUUCGUGAGGUUCACUCGAGGAUUGGGGAGCAAAAGGAUUCUGUUUUCGAAAUUGAAUCAAGAAACCCUCUCGAAUUCUGAUGAAUUUGAUUCGCCACUGGUGAAGAGGUCUAAGACAGAACCUAAUAACUCUUUGCUUGAGUCUCUGCAUCAAGAUAUUUUGGUAAGUUUUCUAUUUCAAAAAUCUCAUUUCUCUGUAGUUUUUUCCGAUUUUGAUUCUUAUAUUAAAUUAAUUUCUCAGAUUCGAGUACUUUGUCAUGUUGAUCACGACGACCUAGCGAGACUCAAACGUGUCUCUAAAACAAUUAGAAAUGCUGUAUUAGAAGCAAAGAAGUCACAUUUUGAUUUUAGCACACCAAGAAAGACUCUGCCUUUUCGAGACCCAAUAUCAAUCCUCGAGAAAGAUUCGAGUUUGAGUGAUAGAGAUGAUGCAAUUGAACCUCCUAAUGCACCAAUUCAAAGGAGGAAGCUUAACAGUCGAUCUGAUUUGUCCAGGAUCUCUAUGGUUUUGUUUAAGUGAAGAGGUAAUAUAACAAGAAGGAUUAGCGGCUAAUUUGUGCAGAGAUGUGAAGAAGACAAGAACCAAAGAGUGUUUUGCUUUUGCUUCAAUUUUUUUUUAUCACUGAAGCUCUUUUUAAGGUUUAUUAUAUUUACUGAUCAUGUGAAUAUAACAAUUAUUUGCAGAGUUUGUAAGGUUUAAAAGUAUUAUUUUGUGAAUAGUUCUUUCGGGUUGUGAUCAGAGUAUCCUAAGUAUUUGUUUUUGUCCUUUCCAUC